GCUCAGUCACCGUCAGCGGCUCAUUCUGCUGCGGCUGCGCCUACUCGUGCUCUCGUCACCGUUGCCGCCAUGCCCGGAGGGCUCCUUCUCGGGGACGAAGCUCCCAACUUCGAGGCCAAUACCACGAUCGGACGCAUCCGUUUCCACGACUUCCUAGGAGACUCAUGGGGCAUUCUCUUCUCCCACCCCCGGGACUUCACCCCUGUGUGUACCACCGAGCUUGGCAGAGCUGCAAAGCUGGCACCAGAGUUUGCCAAGAAGAAUGUUAAGUUGAUCGCCCUCUCCAUAGACAGCGUGGAGGACCAUCUUGCCUGGAGCAAGGAUAUCAACGCUUACAAUGGUGAGGAGCCCACAGAAAAGCUACCCUUUCCCAUCAUUGAUGAUAAGAAUCGGGACCUCGCCAUCCAGUUGGGAAUGCUGGACCCAGCAGAGAAGGACGAAAAGGGCAUGCCUGUGACCGCUCGUGUGGUGUUUGUUUUUGGUCCUGAUAAGAAAUUGAAGCUUUCUAUCCUCUACCCAGCCACCACUGGCAGGAACUUUGAUGAGAUUCUCCGAGUAGUCACCUCUCUCCAGCUGACAGCAGAAAAGAGGGUCGCCACCCCAGUUGAUUGGAAGGAUGGAGAAAGUGUGAUGGUCCUGCCCACCAUCCCUGAAGAGGAGGCCAAAGCACUGUUCCCUAAAGGAGUCUUCACCAAAGAGCUGCCGUCAGGCAAGAAGUACCUCCGCUACACUCCCCAGCCUUGAGGCUCUCUCCGCUCGGGCUGCGGCUGCGGCUCCUGCGGCAGCUCCCCAGGGACAUCCAGUGUGAUCACGGUGCGGUCGUGGGUCUCUCUGCUUCUGGCUUCUUCAGUGACGUGGCACUAACACCCCUCGGGACCCUACUCUGUGCCUUCACCAGCAGUGUUCUGCUCACACGUCCCAGCUCUCUGAAAUAGGUUCCGUGUUUGAGACUCAGAUCUGGUUGGGUCUCCGCGGGGUUUGUGUUCAGUAUGACUGGUGGUUGGUUGUUGAGGAAGCUUGCUUCAUGCCUUCGCAGGAUGACUAACGUGUGUAGCUGUGUUGAUCUGAUUUUCCCCUGUCACCCAUUUGGGGAGUGUUAAAAUGGACGCUCAACCUCCUCUGUAACUGUCUCAGUGUAUGGCCCCGGAACUUGAAGUAACCCAGACAUUCUUUAAUAUUCAGUGUUUUGAUCACAACUUGGGGGCAAAACUUUUCAAUUCUGUACUUUUCUAGUAGACCAUUGAAGUGGGAAGACAAGGAGAGGCAUCUAUAUUUUGCUGUUAAUUUUUUUUUUUUUUUUCAAUCAAUUUCUUUCAAAAAGGGAGACUGCAGGGGCUGGGGCUGGGGCUCAGUGGUGGAGCCCUGGUCUUGCAUGUGUGAGGCACUGGUUCAAUUCUCAGCACCACAUAAAAAUAAAGGUCCACUGACAACUAAAAAAUACUUUUCAGAAAGAGGGUGGGGAGGGCUGGGGAUGUGGCUCAAGCGGUAGCACGCUCGCCUGGCAUGCGUGCGGCCCAGGCUCGAUCCUCAGCACCACAUACAAACGCCGAAAACUAAAAAAUAAAUACUAAUUUAAAAAAAAAAGAAAGAAAGAGGGUGGGUAGCCUGCAGAGAAGAUCUUUGCCUGCCAGGGAUGUCCCUGUGGGUGUGAGCGAGACAAGUGCCAGGUGCCCUCCACAGAGUGUUCCCACGCGUCGGGCUGCUCUUGGUUGAUGAGGUGCGUGUGGGAGGGCUCACUGAAGGGAGGCGGGUGAGAAUGUCUAUCAUGGACUGUCCUUGCAGUGGGUUGCUGUUUUCUAAAUUUUGCUUUUGGGGGAAUCAAAAAAUAAAAUCCUUUGUUGGAACUGGA